GGUGGGGGGAACUAUGAUGAUGGUGCUGGUGGUGAAGAGUUGAGUGAAGAGGACCAAGGUCUGCCCCUCAUCCCGACCCCUCCCUCCUCGAGCCCGGCCAUUGUCCCAGACUGCAGUUGGAGCCCGAGAAUUGGAAACGGAGGCUGAUAUCCAGCAGAACAAAUGCGCCUCGGCACGAUCGCAGUCCGCGAAGCCCUCCCCCCCACUGCGGCAUAUGUAACGGAUAAAGAGAUACAGGAGCCGUUGUGGCACUACUACUACGAUGUUGAGAAGAGCGUUGCGUAUCUUGUGAGUAAGCAUACGCCGAAAUUGAAGAUGGCAAAAAAGGAGAAUGUUAAGGUUAAGGGGAACGUACAAGGGUCUCGAAACGAUGAAUGCUCGAACCCGUUUUCUGUCAAGGACUUCUUCGGGGAUAUGCCGUGGCUCAAUAUACCGCUGGGUCGACAAGCUACCUUCAUCGCGCCUUUGUAUCCUCGUGGUGGACUACUUGGUGGUUCUCCGGAUGGAGUACCGAAGAUGUCAAAAUUGCAGGUUUUGGCUGCGGCAAGGAAGAAGAAAGCCCAAGAACAGAAAUCGAGUGGAAGCACUCUUGUCGAAGCACCCAUGGCGAAUCUCACGCUCGACUCAUCCAAAUCCAGAGAGCCAAAGGCUGGAUCCUCGUCACGAGGAUUUCCCCAACGAAAGCGAAAAGACUCAAACCCCCAUGAAAAGGCUCCAACACCUGUCAAGCGAGAAUCCUCAAAGGCAGAAAGCCAAGACUCUCCCAUGGAAACCCCACCACCAGACCAAGCCGAGCCCUCCGCCUUCGCAAACACCAUGUUCAGCACACCCCCCAAACCCGCCCAGCAGCCAGACAGCUUCUUCACACUUCCAUACAAUGCAACGCCUAUUGCAAACACUGACCCGUUCGCAGGACCUAGUCCAGAUGACGUGGUCAUGGCCGCGCAGUCGAAAGCGAGUGGAAAGGGUGGCAAGGGCCCGCCGAAGACUAAUGGAGAGAAGAGGGCGGAGCAGAUUGCGAAUGGCGUGGAGGCGUUGAAGAUGGAUGACACGCCGAGGGCGAGGAGUAAGAAUCUAGACGUUCUUGCGGAGUUUGAGAAGGCGGAGACGAAAAAUGCGGCAAAUUUUGUGGUUAUUGGCCAUGUGGACGCAGGGAAGAGCACGUUAAUGGGUCGAUUAUUAUACGAUCUAAAAGUCGUAGACCAGCGAACCAUCGAUCGCUACAAAAGAGAAGCAGAGAAAAUGGGCAAGUCAUCAUUUGCUCUAGCAUGGGUGUUAGAUCAGGGGAGCGAGGAACGAGCUAGGGGUGUGACGAUCGACAUCGCAACCAACAAAUUCGAGACUGCAAAAACGGCAUUCACGAUCCUCGAUGCACCGGGACACAGAGACUUCAUCCCGAACAUGAUAGCUGGCGCCUCGCAAGCGGAUUUCGCGGUCCUGGUCAUAGACGCCAGCACCGGCUCUUUCGAGUCAGGCCUUAAAGGACAGACGAAGGAACACGCGCUUCUCGUACGAAGCAUGGGCGUACAGCGCAUUAUUACUGCUAUCAACAAACUCGACACAGUCUCUUGGUCUCAGGAACGGUUUGAUGAGAUAAGAACUCAGAUCUCGAGUUUCCUUACCACGGCCGGCUUUCUGGCGAAGAAUCUCGCCUUUAUACCUUGUUCUGGUUUACAUGGUGAUUUCAUCGCCAGACGCUCCACGGAGGAGGCUGCAAAGUGGUAUACGGGACCGACCCUGGUUGAAGAAUUGGAUAAUUCCGAACCCGUCCAUAGAGCGCUGACGAAACCUCUACGGCUUACGAUAUCCGACGUCUUUAGAGGCGGAAUCCAAAACCCGCUUUCCAUCUCCGGCCGGAUUGAGGCUGGGAGUUUACAAAACGGAGACGCUUUGCUCAUCCAACCAGCUUCCCAAAAGUGCUUUAUCAAAGCUCUUGAAAUCGAUAACGCAGCCGUGGACUGGGCGGUCGCAGGCCAAAAUGUCGUCAUACAUUUAAGCGGGAUCGAAGAACAGUACGUCAAAGUCGGCGACGUAGUAAGCAGCCCUGCAAGUCCGAUACGGAAUGUUAAAGAGUUGGUGUGUAAAGUGCUUGCGUUUGAGGUGCUUGUUCCUAUGUCUGUGGAGGUUAUUAGAGGGAGGUUGAGUGUUGCGGGCAGGAUUGUAGGGAUUUUGGGGGUGUUAGAUAAAGGGACUGGGGAAGUGGUGGGCGGGAAGAAGAAGGUUAGGGUUGUGAAGCCCGGGCAGCUGGCGAGGGUGAAGGUUGAGCUUGAGAGGGGUGUGCCGCUUGAGGCACCCGGUAGGGUGGUGCUUAGGAGUGGUGGGGAGACGGUCGCUGCUGGGUUGUUGGAGUAGGGGUAUGGCGAGUAGUGAGAGGAGCAAGAGCUCACAAAAUAGAACGAAAGAAUAAAAGAA